GCAUUUCCAAGAAUUCCCCCGGUAUAUUUAAGCUGUUGUACUGACAGUCACAUUGUAUACUAGCGGUCAAGCAGUACUCAUGUAAUAUGUCCAGUUUCUCCAGAUCAGCUCAGCAAUGGGCUACUUUCGCAAGAUCAUGGUUUCUGAUCGACGCAAGAAUGCAGCCUCCGGGAAAGAUUGCCACCAUGUGUGCAAUCAGGCUACAAGGGAAGCAUAAACCCAUAUAUCAUGCUUUGAGUGAUUGUGGAGAUCAUGUUGUGGUCAUGAACACCAAACACAUUGCACUAUCUGGGAACAAAUGGGAGCAGAAGAUGUAUUCAUCUCAUACUGGGUAUCCUGGUGGAUUCAAACAAGUCACUGCGGCACAGCUCCAUCUUAAAGAUCCUAAAGCUCUGGUUAAGCUGGCUGUGUACGGGAUGCUGCCAAGGAACCUGCAGAGGCGGACCAUGAUGCAGCGGCUGCACCUGUUUGCGGAGGACGAGGUGCCGGAGGACAUCCUGCAGAACCUGACGGAGGAGCUGGCGCAGCCCCGAGACAUCCCUCGCACGCUCCGCGAGUACAGCCAGGAGGAGCGUGACUCUUUCCCCAAACUCUGGACCCCGCCAGAGGACUACAGGAUGAAGUAACACCUCAUCAGAACACCAAGAGCCUCCCAAACCCCAGUGUCACCCAUAUUCCACCAUGAUGGGCUCGUUCCUGGGCCCCGUCACGGUCACUGAGGAUUCUCUUCACAAAAACUACAGCUUAGGCCAAGACUUGUCUAGUCUGAAGUAGAUUUUUUUUUUUUUUCUUGCAGCUUUCUGUGUAUUUACUUGAGGAUUAUUGUUCUGGUGUCACAAUAAUGUAAAAUAAACUGUCUUUAUUAUUUA